AUGGACCGUUCCCCGUUGAAGAACACAUUGCGGCUGGGAUUAUCCGAAGUAGGUGUCACUUCGGCGAUUAUGUUCUUGCACUGCAGAGAAGUAGUACAUGGCUGUUUGGAUUUCACGUCUGUCGUUCUUGACAGAUAUUUUAACGCGAAAACCAUUGUGUCGUCUUCUGUUCAUCGCGUGAAAUCGUCCAAAGGAGCGGGAGUAAGGAGCAAGGUCGAGGAUGUGUUCCAUGUUGGACUUUUGCUCUAUCGUCUGCUUACAGGGCAGAAAGCCAGUUUCGGAAAGGUAUGA